UCCCGCGCCGGGCGGGGAACACCGUCCCGUCGGGCCGGGCCGGGCCGCGCUGCCGCGCCGUCAACACCAGCCGCUUCGUCCCGGCUCCGGGCGCUCCGCCGCGGACGCUGCGCCGGGCCGGGCCGGGCCGGGCAGGAGGGCCCCGGGGCCGCCUCCCGGCCCUUCUCCAGCGCGACGGGCCGGAGCCGGAGCCGGAGCCGGAGCGGAGCGGAGUGGGGGCGCGGGCAGCCGCGGGCCGGCUCCUCCCCGGGCGGACCCGGCCGGGCUGCGGCUCCGCCCCGGGCGCCGCGCGGCAGUUUGAACGGGGAGCGGCCGGGGCCCGCGCGGCGCAGGCGGCUCGCUCGGACGGACCGCUAGUGAGACAGUGGAUGUCUUCAUCCCAAGCCCAAGUCCAUCAUGAGCACAAUGCACCUUCAGCCUGUGGCCACAGCCAACACGGUGGAAGAGCAGAGGGCCCGCUGGGAAAGGAAACGGAGCCGGACAGCUAGGGAGCUGGUGGAAACAGAGCAGAGAUACCUGGAGCAGCUGGACCUAGUGAUCACAUAUUUUGUGACCAUUCUGAAGGCCAAAGGAACUUUGCUGCCAGCUGUGCGGGCAGCCAUAUUUGGACCCCUGGAAUCCAUACACCUCACCAGCCAGACUCUGCUGCACCACUUGGAGAGGGGGUGCCUGGGGCAAGGGCUGGACAGCUUCUGUCGUGAGCUGGAGCUCUAUGGCCACUAUGCCGAGAACCUGGAGCCAGCAAGGAAAGCCCUGCAGGAGCAGGUGAAGAAGAACAAGGCAUUUCGCCGGUUCAAAAAGCUUCAGGAGUCUCGACCUGAGUUCCUGGGCUUACAGCUGGAGGACCUGCUCCCUCUGCCCCUGCAGAGGCUCCAUCAGUACAAGCACCUGCUGAGAGACCUGAUGGAGAACACCAGCCCGGACUGUGCAGAGUUCCAGCAGCUUGCAAGGGCUGUGAAAUCUAUUUCCAAGAUGUCUCACUGGGUUCGUGACACUGCUCGCAGCCAUGAGAACUCCCUGCAGCUGCUGCGAGUCCAGAAGCUGCUCAAAGGACGGAAGGUGAAGGUGCUGGCUCCAGCUUUGCUUUCCACACAAGACCCUGCUGCUGAUGUCGAGCGACCAGGAGGACAUCAAUCGCUGGCACCUGAGUCUCACAACUGCCAUUCGGCAGCUGAGCGCCAGACCCACCAACUCAGGCAGUUAGAAGGAUGCCAGAGCAGAGCCGCCACCCCCACUGCAGCACUCAGUCUGGGGCGUAGAGCAGCAUACAUGGGGGUCAUAUGCUGAGAUGUUCUGCCAGAGCCACUGUUAUGCAUGGGGUGGGACUGAGUACUGUCUCACUACCUGCCCCAACCUCCACGCAGAUACCAACACUUUUGUGUAUGUCAAGCGUCACUUCCUGUACCCAAGUGUUUCUUCAAACAUGGGUGCCUAAGGAUUGGUAUUGAAAGCUUGAUGUAAGGCACUUUCACAGGAGCUGAGGUCUCAGCAUCUUUCAUAACCAGGACACUCACUCACAUUCCCAGUUUCAGGUAGUUGUUUGAUUAAUCUAUUUCAGGGUUGUUUUUUUUCACAAUGAUCAUAGUGGCAUUUCACAUACACCUUGGCAUGUGCUGUGGACAGGCAUUAGAAUUCUGCAUUAACCAAGGCAAGGCUGUAUCCAUAAAACAACAUCUGGGGAAGGCAGAGAUUUAGCUGCCUGAGCUGGCAGACUGCAGAUGGUGGAAAUGGAGGAUAAGUCAGGUUGACUUGUGGUAUGACAGGACCUCCUGGGGAUUCCUGUGCUGACAAACAAGGUUGUUAACCAGGAUGACAAUAAAUAAUUAUUUUAAGGAAAUCUGAGAUGGGGGGGAGAGGGGGGGCAUGCAUGCACGAAUAUGCACACAUACACAGCUGGAGCAGCUGUCGGGAGCCUAGUGCCUUUCUUGCCAGGGACGGAGGGUGCUGCACGGGCUCUGUCUAACUCAUGGCUCUGGCCCAGUACCUGUGGCUGUGUCCUAUCCAUACACCUGGGCUGCACCCACCUGGGCCUGGUGGGUGCAGCCAGCUCAAGCCUUGCAUCCCCUCUCCCCAGUUAGAGCAGGGUCUGGCUGGGCUCUCAUCGUGGGAGCUGCAGUGUGGCUGGCCCACCCUGGCAGUGCAUGGCUGUUGGGAUGGGGCCGGAGCCAUGAGCCAGCACAGACCAGAUGGAGCCUGUGCAGCAUUCAGAGACCUGGCUCUGGUAAGAAAGGCACUGUGCUCCCCAGUGCAUCUUGACAGCUGCUCUGGCCCUGCCCAUUGCCCCACACACCACUCCACAGCUCCCAGGAGCGAGGCGCACACACACAGCUGCAACCCCAUGGCUCCCAGGUUCCUGCCAAUCUGGAACUUUUGCUUAAAUUUUCUCCAGUGGCCGGGACACUGAGACAGCCUAUAAAGUCCAGGACUGUCCUGGCCAACAUGGUCACCCUAUUGUUAGGCUGCUUGAAGGAGCAGCACACGUGGAUGUAGCAAGUGAGGAAAGUGAAAAAUGCAACUAUGAUUAACUCGUUUUUUAAAAAAGGCUGUCACUUAAAGGUGGUACGGGAACAGACAAGGGGCAACUUAGAGAAGGUCUUUGGCCCCAGGCUCUGGAGCAUCAAACACUGCAUCUAGGUCAAACACAAAGUUAGUCCUUUUAUGCUUCUGUCUGGGGAAGCUGAUCCUCACUGCUUUUGAGGCUUAUGGACCAUUAGGCUAUUGUCAUCUCUAAAACUUCACUAAUAUUUUCUCUUUCUGUGACAAAUACAGUGGAAAGUCUACACUAUUUUAUUCUUCUUUCUGCUGGGAAACAGACAUGGAUUCCUUUACUAUACAUCUUAUUCUAAAAGCAUCUUUUAACAGCAAACUUUGUAUGUUCCCAUCAUUCUGAAGUCACAUUAAGAGUAAUUUCUUCAAGCCAGGAACACAAUUGCUGCUUUUAAUUGAAGAGUUUAUAAAGGAACCUAUUUCACACUGGAGUCUCUGGGUGCUAGUUGCAGUAUAAAUCUCUGCAAUAGGCUCUGCAAUGAAGAGGCUGAUCUGCUGAUAUGUAUCCAGCUGAAAGUGUUAAGUGUUUUGUUUGCUUACAUGGGAACAGACUCUUAUGCUUGUUUAACAAAGGUGUCUGCAAAGGUGUCCUGGUGGCUGCAAAUGUUUGUUUUUUAGCUUUGGUGUCUGUCACUGUUUCUAGGUCCUGACACUUUCAGUGAAGCUUGCUGAACUCAGAGAUUAACAUUGGAGUGGUAUUUUGAGGCCUGUAACUUUCAGACAAUUCUGCAUUGAAGAUACUGCUGUUAAUACUGUAGAUGGCAACUGCCUGAUCAGCUGAGACUUUUGGUCCAGCACCAGAGGCUGAGAUCACUUGCCUGUGUGGGUGGUGUUCUUCACGAUAACAGUCAGAGAUUGUCUUGUGAACCAAUUUGUGGAUGUUCGUGUUACCCAUAAAUGUAUGUGCUCUUCUUAAAUUUCUUCCUAAGCUCUUGGCUGCUGUAGCAAGCUUGGAAGGGUUAAAAUUAGGAAAGCUCCCUGGUGAGGUGGUAUGUGUGACAGAGUGCGGAUAGGUUGCAGGUGGGAGGGGGAGGUGAGGAGGGACAGACAUCUGCUAAAACUAACAAAGUCCUGGUACAUGUCUGUGAAGAAUCCCUGCCCUUAAUUAAAUGCUCCUUUUUCUUGUACUACGAGAUGGUUAAAAGGAGUGUCUAACUUUAUAAAAAGCAUUAUCAUGUCUUAUCCCUGAACACCUCCAAACCCAGUCUUUUCAGUUUCACAUGGAAGCCUCUCACAGUAGGUCUCACUCCCUAACUUUUUCACCAUGUCCCUUUAGAUAAGAAUAAAUUAAUUCAGUUUGACCAUAACAGCACAGUAUUUCCAGCAAGGCAGAGGUAGUAGCCCUUCCAUGAUAGACUAUUCUACAACAGCAUUUUAAUUGUAUGUAGUUUGUAACUCAGAUACUGAGGGUUUCUUCUGAUCAAGAUGAAUAAAACAAUUUGCCAGAGAAGUCGCUAAAACUUUAGCUUCCUCCUACAGAGUGAGGACUAGAUACAAAGCAAGCCAUAGCUGCAUUUACACCUUAAUCACCAGAUUACAGGAAAGCAGGUAAACUUAAGUGUGCCUGAAAUACAGAGGUGGUGCUGGGGCGUAGUGAUCGUGUCUAAAUAUGAUAAGAAAAUUUAAUAUACUGAUAUAGGUAACGGUAUGCAGGAUCAUAUUCUUAAGAACAAGCAUGCCCAAACUUCCAAGAAUCCCUGGCUUAAGCAGAAAGACAAAAAGAUAAGGUAGUAAUAGCAUUACUACAAAUUAGACAAAGGAAGGAAGCUACUAUAUAUAUCUGAAGAGAAAAAGCAGUAGACCAGGGUAGACCAUCCCUUCCAGCUAUGGAUUGGAAUGACCCACCCCCGGUUGGAGGCAAGCAGACAGAUACUGGGACCCAGCUGCUGCCAGUGCUUAUUCCUGCAGUGGCAUGGAGAGAGUGUCCAUGGCCUAAGCCCCUUACUACCAAAGUCUCACAUCUAUUGGCUGAAUCCAGUCACCCUGUGGUAAAGAAACCAUGUGGAUCACUGAGCUCUGCCAAGAAUGAACUAAGGAUAAAUAAGGAAUGGAAAUGGGGGGAAAAUAGGUUGUGCAUUUUGGGGGAAAAUGAGACAGGUGUGUAACUAAGUUUCUGGAAGGCAAACACUUCUCUCCCCCUCCCACCUUUCUUAGUAUCAGCUGGAACCAGCCAGCACGGGACAAUCAGAAUUUAUCCCCUACUAGCCCAGCUGUAAGUACUCUGAUCCAUUACUUGUAAGUGCAAUUAGCAUGUGGGUAGUCAUUAAUACGCACCAUUACACUGCCAUCUAAUAUGUGGUUAGUAGUUGUUACGGUAUUUUAGAACACUCACUUAAAGUAACUGUGCAACAGCUGCUCAUCUUUGGAUUUAGCAAAAGAAUUGUAAUUGAAAUACUACCUGGUCACUCAGACUCCAACAUGGUGAUUAAGUCUCAUGCAGAGGUGAGUUUGAUGUGCACUAUGCUCAUUUCUUGUAAACAAGUGCCAAAUUCAGUUGUUCUGCAUCCCUGCUCUCAAGAUGUCAAGAGGCCUAGUGGAUUGUGAGCGAUGUGGGAUAAGACCAAGCUGACACUUCUGCUCCUUUAGAAGGGAGUUCUUUCUACCUGGCAGAUGAGAGAUCUCAGGAGCCAGUCUGAAAUUGUACAAUAGAAUCUGACAGCAACUCAGAGCCAGCACCGAACUGAACCACCUUCUGCUCUAAGCAGAGCAAACUACAUUAACCUGGUCUGGAACGGGCUCCCAAGGGAGGUGGUGCUCUCCCCUACCCUGGGGGUCUUCAAGAGGAGGUUGGAUGAGUAUCUAGCUGGGGUUAUCUAGACCCAGCACUCUUUCCUGCCUAUGCAGGGGGUCGGACUCGAUGAUCUAUUGAGGUCCCUUCCGGCCCUAACAUCUAUGAAUCUAUGAACCUUGUCUUUCAUAUAAACACAUUCUGCUAGAACAUAUAGGUUCCUAUAUUGCUCCUUCCUAGAAACCUAUCCCCUUUGGGUUUUCUGUACAGCCAGGCAUCUCCAAAAUGCCAGGAUGCCUUUCACAUCAAAUCAAUAGUAAAGUCUCUAGACUCCAUGAAAUGUCUGGUAUUUCUGCCUUACAUCAAGGAAAAUCUCCUUAGCAACCUGUGAUUUACAUUUUUACCUAAAAGAAAAAAGGCAUUGAAAAAGUGCCUUUAAUUAAACACAACAUUUAAUAUAUAGAUUAUCCUAAAAGUAUUUUUGAGCAUUAAAUUUUAGUAGUUCUUGAA